GGGGCAAACACAAAGUCAGAAACACGAUGAAAGGAGACUCCAUCAUCACGAGUGAGGCGGAGGAGUCGACCCUGCCCCUUCUUCUUCCUCUCCAUGCCGCGCCUUCACAGGACUAUGAACAAUUUACUUGCAAUGGAUCUGUCGAUAUCAGAGGUUACCCAGCGUCCAAACGGCAUACGGGGAACUGGAGAGCCUGCUACUCAAUUCUUGGGGGUGAAUUUUGUGGCGCUAUGGCCUACUACGGAGUUGGGACAAACCUGGUGAGCUACUUGACCAAGGCGCAGAAGAAAAGCAAUGUCGCUGCAGCGAGCAACAUCGCUUCCUGGCAGGGAACAUGCUACCUGACUGCCCUCCUCGGAGCUUUCCUGGCAGAUUCAUAUCUGGGAAGGCACCGGACAAUCGUGGUGUCCCUAAUGGUAGUUACCAUGGGAGUGCUCCUACUGACACUUUCAGCAACCAUACCAGCAAGCAUUCAUGUAAUGGCGACGGCGACCUCAAACUCUCAGGAAGCCUUGUCUUCUCUGGGCCUCUUCCUGACCGCUCUGGGUUUGGGUGGGAUCUGGCCUUGUGUCCCCACGUUUGGAGCCGAUCAGUUCGACGACACCGACGCGGCCGAGAAGGAGCAGAAGCAGCUCUACUACAACUGGUACUACUUCGCUGUCAACGGAGGCUUCUUGUUCGCGAGCACGGUCCUCGUGUGGGUGCAGGACGACCAUGGCUGGGGCUGGGGUUUUGGCAUCCCUGCUGCGGUUUCCGCGGUCGGAGUCGCUGGAUUCCUUGCCUGCAUGAAGCUGUACAGGUACCAGAAACCAGGAGGCAGCGCGUUGACUAGGAUCUGCCAGGUUGUGGUGGCAGCCGCCCGCAAGGUGAACGUGGAUGUGCCGACGGACAGCUCUCUUCUGCAUGAGAUGCCGCCGGGGGAGGAGUCGGCGAUUGUCGGGAGCCGGAAGCUGAUGCACACUGAUGGACUAAAGUUCUUUGAUCGAGCUGCUACCAUCACCACCUCUGAAGACAAAUCUACCGAUGCAACUAACCCGUGGAAGCUUUGCACGGUGACCCAAGUGGAGGAGCUCAAGAUCCUGGCAAGAAUGCUUCCUGUCUUUCUGACAGGCAUAGUCUUCAACACCGCUGAAGCUUUCUUCCCGUUGUUCAUAGAGCAAGGACAGGUCAUGGACAACCACAUCAUCGAGCAGCUCUGGAUACCUUCAGCCACUCUGACGACCUUCAACUGCCUCUGCAUCAUCAUCCUGGCACCAGCGUAUGACAAAGUUGUGAUGCCCGUGGUGAGUAGGAUCACCGGCAUGAAGCGAGGGCUGUCCGAGCUGCAACGCAUCGGCGUCGGCAUGGUCUUCGCCAUGUUUUCGAUGGUUUCGGCAGCACUAGUUGAGACGGUGCGCCUUGACACCGCCAAGAACAGGCUCCUGAUGAGUAUCCUGUGGCAGGCUCCGCAGUACAUGUUUGUCGGAGUAGCCAAGGUUUUCAGCAUAGUUGGUUUUAUCGAGUUCGCUUAUGAACAGUCGCCGGACGCCAUGAGGAGCUUGUGCCAGGCUUGCUCCCUCCUCAUGGUUACGCUUGGAAGCUACCUUGUCUCUAUCAUGUUAAAGAUGAUCGAUUCAGUGACAGCCGGAAGGGGGAGCCAUGGCUGGAUACCUGAGGACCUCAACGAAGGGCGUCUUGAUCUGCUCUUCUGGUUGAUGGCUGUACUGCACUUGCUGAACCUGCUUGCAUUCGCAUAUUGCGCUGCGAGGUACAAGUGCAAACUAGCUACUUGAAUUUCUUCUCAUACUUAGAGGAUGGGAGGAGAGUGCCUAAGUAAAGUUGGUGAGAAUUUACAAUUUGUAAUUAUCUAUUUGCUAGCAGCUCAUGUUUUGGAAGUUCUCUUAUUAAAUCUUUAGUGCAGUAUUGGAACAUGUUGUUCGGUAAAAGGAUGGAAACAAUGUAUAAUUAAUCCCUCAUCUUGUGAUUUGUGAUGAAUUACAACGAGCAUCUA